GGUUAUACGAAUCGGUGAUUGGUUGGCUAGUCAGAGCGGCGCGUUUGACUGAUUUCCGGGUGUUUAUAGAGCGCUAGUCUUCGUAUUGUUAGCGCUGGCUGUCAUGGCGGGACGUCGUGGGGCUUUGAUUGUACUGGAGGGCGCUGACAGGGCCGGGAAGAGCACGCAGGCCAAGAGGCUGGUGGAAGUAUUAAAAGAGCGGGGCUACCAGGCUGAGGGCAUGCGCUUUCCCGAGAGAACAACUGAAAUUGGCCAGCUGGUCGGCUCUUAUCUUGAGAAGAAAAGUAACCUUGAAGAUCACACUGUUCAUUUACUCUUCUCUGCAAACCGCUGGGAACAAGUUCCUUUGAUGAAAGAGAAGCUAAGGAGUGGUGUCACCCUUGUGGUGGACCGAUAUGCUUUUUCAGGAGUUGCAUUCACAAGCUCCAAAAAGAACUUUUCCCUUCACUGGUGCAAGCAGCCAGAUGUGGGACUUCCAAAGCCAGAUAUUAUUAUUUUUUUGGACAUAAGUCCAGAAGCUGCUGCUAAGCGUGGAGAUUUUGGAAAUGAACGUUAUGAGACAAGUGCUUUUCAGCAGACGGUGCAGAAACGCUAUGCUGAACUUAUGGAAGACAGGUCUCUUAACUGGAAGGUAAUUGAUGCAGCCCAAAGUAUGGAUGAAGUCCACAAUGCAAUUCAACAGCUAAGUGAAGCCAUAAUACAAGAAGCCAAAGAUCAGCCAAUUGGAAAACUCUGGGUUGAGUCUGAUGCAUGAAUCUAAAAUGUUGAUCACUUGGUCUUAGACUGACCACUUUCUUGCUCAGAAUGGAGUUGUUUUUAAUGGAAAAUGUCUCUUCACCUUCCCAGCACCAUAAUAUAAUAUAUUUUGCAGAAAUAUGUCCAAGGUUUUAUGUAUUUGGGUGUCUCUCAAGACCACCUAAACAUGUGCUGUACUUUUUGUGUUGCUUUAAAAUAGUUUUUUAGCUGCUUUUGGUACACACCUAAAAUGUAGGUUGUUCUAAUAUGCAAUGUAUAUGUAAAUCUCCACAAAAGCAAUGCAGGUAUUUUAUUAACUUUCCAAACUGUAUAUGAAAUUUUAUCUUUUAGGCUGUACAUUGCUUGAUGUAAAAACGAAAUGUAUCAUAGUCCAGCAUUUCCUAAAGUGUGUUCCUUACAAAGUCUUGAAUUUUUCAGUAGUACAGUAGAGUAAACCAUUGAGGGCAGGUACUAUAGCAGCGUUUUGAACCGUAUAACUGAAAAUGUCUGCUAGUACAGGGCCUUCCUCACAACAUCCUCACAGAAGCAGACGCAUGGCCUAAAUCUGGUAUGGGCUUCAUCCUCCCUCCUACUCUUUAUGCCUAAAUCAACAUGUGUCUGCAUGACACUACAAUAAGUGAACUUGGGUGUAAAUUAUAGAUGAGGCACAGUGGCAGUCAUUGGUGCUAAAACACGACCAGUUAUAGGGUUAAAACCUGCCAUGUUUAUUGCUAUGUCACUUAUUGUGGAGGUUUUCAGUCCCUGGUGGUGCAUGUCACAGGAAGUGAGAGGAAAUAGUCCUGGGACCCAGCAAGCAAAAACUGACUUCUCGCUUACCCACAGUGAAAAAAAAAAUGUAAUUGUUACUUUUCUCCUUUUCUCCUAUCAAUGGCAUCAAAGUACAGGAAAACCUUUAAUUUGUGGCCACAUCAGCAAAACCCUGACAGAUGUUCUAAUCUUCACUUUCUCCAAACCUGGGAAAAUGCUAAGUUAUGGCAAACCACCUAUAACCAGCUGGAUAUUGGUAUAGAUGUAUCAUGAAUACUGUAUUAUAUGUUCAUAUGUAUUAUGAUUUUCUUGUGCAAUGCUGGUAUAUGCAGUUGCCAUCCAAAGUGCAAUCAAGUCUGUAGGAGAGUUUUCUGUGAAAUGUGUUUUUUAAAUCUAGACCACUUUUAAAUAAAUAUAUUUAAAUCUAAA